GUGCGAAAGUAACCCGAAUAACCCUGAAAGCAGCGUGAGGAUAUUCGCUCUUGAAUUUCUCCGUCGUCUCCCUCGCGUGAGAUUUUCUACUGCACUCUGUCCGUUAUGCUACCAAAUCUGUAACCUACAAGCAUUCAAAAUGCCCGAUUCGAACCCUCUCUGCUGGGAUUCGAUCCCCUGAGAUCCCAACGAUUUUCUCCGAGAAAUGGCGACAGCGGCACUCCGAUCGAACGGCCGGCGUCCCUUCAAUGGCAGUACGGAGGUUGCCGGUUCGUUCAAUUGUAUCCGCCGUUCGAGGAGCUUGAGCCGCUGUUCCGGCCGAUUCCCGCCUCCUUCGCAGGAGAUUGAUGAGUAUGAGACGCCGAGAGGGAGGUUUGUGAACAAGGUGAGGGGUUCUGGGUUCCUUGAUACCAGUCUUGAUGAUCUCGCGGACGAGUUCUUUCAAGCGAUGGCGAAGGAGUGUGAGGAAGAUGCUACUCCUGUGGCUGGUCGAUCUCGUCGCCGGGUGAUUGGGGAAAGGCUGAUGGCGGAGACGGAGUCUUCUCGUCGGAGAGGAAGGUCGGUAUCGAGGUAUCGUGCUGAUAGUGCGGCGUCAAAGGGGAAGAGCGUUUCUGGUAGUAGUGUGAAUUCGAGGCCGCGGCGGUCUGUUUCAGUUUCUCGAUCUCGACUCAGCGAAUUGGAGAGGUUGCAGGAUGAUAAAACUGAUAAGUUAAGAUCCAUGAGCAAGAAUAGAGUGAAUUCUAUUUGUGGGAGCCUUCAAAAGCCUUCAUUGUCUAAGCAAGCUAGUGUAGAUCGUGCCUUUGAAAGGUCAAUGAGUCAAAAGGAUUUCUUCCAGUCACAGGAUUGCUACUCGAGUCAUUCAUCAUCCUUAACUGAUGAUGAAGCACAGGAUGUUCCUUCAACUUUAAGUGUGAGUGAGAAGACAAUACGAGAAGUUUAUAACCUUGGAAAGACAGAUCACCCUGCUAGGGAUGGGAGUGGGUUCAGAUCCUAUGAAAAUAAGAGCAAAGAACAAAAUUUGGUAGAAGAGCUGAGGGAGCUUGAAAAGUCCGAGAAACGCAAACAGGAUUUGCUAGCUGCGUUGGCCGUCGAGGAGAAACGUGGUCAAGAACUCUGUAAAAUUGUGAGAGAGUUGCUUUCAUCUCCCAAACAAACAGCUGAGCCGGCAAAACAAUCACCCUCUUCACUGAGAAGCAAUGACAAAGUAAGGAUUUCAAAAUGCCUGGACGAAGAGGCUGAAAGAUACUUUGAGGAUUUUUUAUCAAAUGUGGAAGAUACUGACUUAUCAUCCUUUGAAGGUGAAAGGAGUGAUGCAGGAUCAACUACUAAGCUGGGCGUUUCCAUUAAUAAUGAUGAGGCAGGAAUGCACAGCGAUCUACUAAGGGCUGUUUCUUUACCUUCUGAGACAGAUGGUGUCCUUUUUCCGUGGUUGCAGUGGGAAGCUAGUACUAUUUCCUCUCCUUCACCAUGUAAAAGUAAGACGGCCAUUAAGCAGAAUUUAGAUAGUGUUAGUGGGAGUAGGAGCCCUGAAAGCAAUGAAGGAAUUCGUGCCAUUUCUGGAGAAUUAGCUAAUAUAAGCAGGCUUGCUACAGCUGAAAGCCAGAGGAACAACUCCAUUGUCCCAGAAAGAUGCUCUUCCUUUGACAUGGAUGAGUAUCUUCAGCUGCAGCGAAGAGAGGACCUCCUUGUAGAGAUGUGGGAGCAGAGGCAGAGAAUAGCUUCAGGUUCCCUCGUUUUGUGUGGCAGAACCUUUAUUUGAAGCAUUAGUGGUCUAAAUUUGUAGUUCUUGGGUAUUGUAUAGAUAUUGACAACUGCAAUCUCACACCCAAGGCCCUCCUUGUAUGUAUAAUGUAGCUAUUGCCAGGAGAAAUUAUUUUGUGCAGUCACUGAACCGUCCAGAAGCAAAUCAGAACGCGCCACGUCAUCCGGUAUCAAGCGAAACAUAGCAAAAAAAUGACAUGACACGUUCUUAUUCGCCUUUGAACGCUGUUCGGUGACCGCACCGAUUAAUUUUUCCUAUUUGAGAGGUUCAAACCUCCUCUCCCUUGUUUUCUUGCAAUCAUGAGGACUCUAACUUGUUGGUUUAUGCUAAAUUAAUUUAGACACAUUUUCAGAAUUUUUUUUU